GAUACUAUACCGUUGAUGAGGAAGUAUAUGAAAUCAUUUUUUGUUUCAGGGUGUAUUUUGGAAGCGCUGAGCUACCUCCACGAUCGGGGAAUUCUCUACAGAGACCUGAAGCCGGAGAACGUUAUCCUUCAUCACACCGGCUACUUGAAGCUGGCCGAUUUUGGAUUCGCCAAACAACUCGACGGAAAAGAAAAAACCUUCUCUUUUGUAGGCACUGCCGAAUACGUAGCUCCAGAGAUAAUCCAGAAUAAGGGUUACAAUAAAGCUGUCGAUUACUGGGCCUUUGGUAUUUUCGUUUACGAGCUGCUAGUUGGAAAAACCCCCUUCAGAAGUCACGAUCCUGCUCACCUGCAGACCUACAGGACGAUUAUGAAAGGAAUUGAUAGUAUCGUUAUGCCGCACUACCUUAGCCAUAAAGCCAAGUCUCUCAUUAAGAAACUAUGUGCUCAAAAUCCCAGCGAGCGACUGGGAUGCCUGAAGAGUGGCGUAGAUGCUAUAAGAAAUCAUGGUUGGUAUUCCAGCUUCGACUGGAGUAAGCUGGUGAAUAUGGAACUAGAGCCACCCUAUAAACCCCAUCUUCAGAACAACGUUGACACUAGAAACUUUGAUAAAUUUCCCGAUGAGAAAGAUGUUCCCGAGGACGACUUUUCGGACUGGGCCGAAGGAUUUUAGGAGAGGUGGAACUAUCAGACAGCCGAAGAAGAGAGUGGCUUGGGUUCAAUUCAUUUGGGUGGCAAUCAACCAGGCUCAGCUUCUCAGCUUGUUGUUUACUUUGUAUUCGAGAGCAUAAUGGUGGAGCCUCCACAAUUUGUUUCAAUUCUCAACGUUGUCAAUGUCUCAAUGUGGAACUGAAAUAUACUUUCCUCAUUUCACCACUGAUAUAAUAUAUGCGGAGGAGAAAUAAACAACUCAUAUAUU